AUUUCUGGUGCCUGAGGUGUGUAACCUUACCAGCGGUGGACCGCUUCAACGUUCAGUUUUUCGCCUUCAACGCCAUUACAAACAUGUGUAUGGAAUUAGCCUUUUUGGAAGAGAUUGUGGUUACGGCGAACCUGCAGUAGCUGUUCGACUACAUGCUCAUAUGAACUGGCUAGAGUCGGUGCUUUUACCCGCCAAAUUGUCAAGCCAAAAUUCUCACUCUCUAGAUGCUGUUCAAUUCAUCAACUCCGAUCUGGAAUUGUUUGAUCGUUGUGAUUUUUACGAUGAAUCGGUUGGACUUUGUGUUCCCACUGAACGUUGUAGGCGAGUUCGGCAACGCUUAGAACAAAAUGAAGCCAUGAUCUUCUGUGGGAAUGGGACGAUAAUAUGCUGUCUACCAAAGGACGUCUUGGAUGAUGAACAGCUGCUUAACGAUGAAGAUCAACAGUUAGAAGAUUGUGAAAAUCGUUACGAGUCAUUCCGUCGGCGAAACUUUUUUAUUAGCGCGGAGCUGCCUCAACCGAAACCACAUAUAGCGGAAGUAGUUUGGACGAAUGAAAAGACCGGUGUCCAAUAUACUCUAUGUUUAGGCUACCUCAUUACCACUGGAUCUGUAAUUACGAGCGCUGCGUGCACCGAGAUUGUAAACCGCAAACCAAAUCUGUUACUAUUUGGCUCCAUUCGAAGUCAAUAUGAAGAUUUUCCUAUUCGAGCGCCAAUUGCAACUAUUAUUCGCCAUCCACAGUAUGAGUCUGCUACGGGAGCAAAUAAUCUUGCUCUAAUAAAACUGAGCGAUCCCAUAAAACCCACCGCAGCGAUCUUUCCUGGUUGCUUGUGGAGAAACAAAACACACACUCCGUUGGUGGCAACACUACAGACCAUUGUUCAAUCACAACUACAGCAAUCAUCUGUGCAUCCCGUUUACGAUUCUGAUUGCAAGCGGUACGUAAAAACCCCAUUGCACGGUGGGGAAUUUUGUAUGCAUUCUACUACCUCGCAAUCUAUAAACACAGCGGGCCUUAUCGUUUGGCGUGGAAAAGGAACCAAAAACGCUCCAGUUGAAUAUUUGAUCGGAGUAUACAGCCGCGGUGGCAACUAUGAAGCUGACGAGCCGCUGAUUAAUAGCCGCAUUUCGGAAUAUGUUCCAUGGAUAAUAGAGAACCUUUACACUGAAUCAGUCUAAUCAGAUUAUUUUCUGCCUCCAAUAAACUAUCGAAAAAUAAAAAAUAAUCCUUGCAUAUGUGAAAAUGACUGCAAUCUUCAGUUUGAGCUCGCUUCAUUUCUUAAAUAAUCAAUGGGUUUCCCUUUCCUAUAUUUACCCGUAAAAUAAGAGAAUUAUUGUGGCAAUACAAUACACAUGUUUUCGUUAGCGAAACCUCCCACUUUACGCUACCAUUAGAACUUGGCGAUCUUUCAAACGCGUGAUCUAACAGACAGAUUAACAGUUGCUUCUGUAGCUGCGGUGCUAUAAAGCUGUUCAUAAACCAGUUUACUGCCGGUAAGAGUGAGCACGAAUCAGUUGUGGCGGGAAAGAGAGACGCUAAUAAACCGAUGCACUUUAGCAGUACCACAGACUCGCAGCAUGCUUUAGUGUACGAUCAACAACAGAUCAGUGAUAAUGGCGUGUGAUUGGGCUCUGUCCGUAGUGCUCAUUGUUGCAGUGUUACCGUAUUGUACUUGCAAAUUGUACCCGAUCAGACCUCGAUUACCUGAAGAUGAGAUGGAUAUGAUGUUAGCGUAUGAUAGAAUAUCUCUAAACGAUUGUCACACAAGAAACUGGAAAGACGGAUUCGAGGGGUUAGUGGCACCGGCAUACGGAAAUCCUGCACUGUUACGCGAGUUCGCUCAUAUCGCCGCGAUCGGCUGGACAGGAGCUGACGGUAAAGUGAACUGGGGCUGCGGUGGAUCACUGAUAUGGGAGAACUUCAUUCUUACUGCAGCACACUGUGCGGCAAACGAUGAAGAUGUAGCACCAGAUGUGGCACGAAUGGGAGACCUCAACAUCUACAGCGAUGAUGACGAUGAGUUUCCACAGCAGUUGCGCAUUGUGAAAGUCAUACGCCACCAACAACAUCGAUUUAGUGCGAAGUAUUACGAUGUGGCACUAAUGCAGCUGGAAAAAAAUAUCACGGUACAUGAAACGGUGGCCCCUGCUUGCCUCUGGUUAGAUGACGAAGUGCGCUUUCCGAAGCUAUAUGCCGCUGGUUGGGGUAGAACAGGUUUUGGUGAGGAUAAAACAAACAUUUUGCUCAAGGUCGAUCUUACUCCGAUGAACAAUACACAGUGCUCAAAGUUCUACACCUCCUCCGAGCGUGGUUUAAGAAACGGGCUGCACGCACAUCACCUUUGUGCGGGCGAUGAGAAGAUGGAUACAUGCCCGGGUGACUCCGGUGGACCGCUGCACGUGAAACUAUUGCACAACGCCAAAAUGACGCCCUUCCUGGUGGGUGUUACAUCGUUUGGUAAACCGUGUGGACAAGCAAAUCCGGGCGUAUAUGCUCGGGUAUCCAGCUUUGUCGAAUGGAUCAUUGAGACGCUCCAGAAGGAAGGAGAGCUAGCAACGGUGCACAAAUUUCAACCUUGGACCUGCGCCUUACGCUAUGUACAUGUGCGCGAGUAUGAGGACGAUGUGGUGGUCUCGAGAAGCAAUAACUUUGAAACCUAUGACUCAGACAAAGCUCAUUUAGUAGGAGGCGAUAGCAGACAGCGGGUCGACAUUUUUUGGGAAAAUUCGAUUGUUCCCUCUCGGCACAACUGUUCCGGUGUCCUCAUAGAGCGAGAUGCCAUUGCAACAUUAGCCGAUUGUGCAUCACAUAUGGGUUCAACACCAUCCAGAGUGCGGUUAAGCAAUGGCAAUUUCAUCAACGUAUCGGAAACCAUCGUUCAUCCAAAGUACAACCCUGCGGCAGGACCCUACUACAACAAUAUUGCUAUUUUGAAGCUACCAUUUCCAGUAUCAAUUAUUCCCGCCUGCGUUUGGUACAACGACACCAUUCCCGAUCCGCAGUUUGAGGUCAUCGGUAAAGGUCGUGCUGAUUUGGUAGGCUAUAAUCGAGACGAAAGAGUUACUACGCUAGAUCCUACCAUCAUUGGAAUUUCACCACGGGCAACACUGCACUCCAACAACGAAUGUCGGCUGGCCGAACAGUACCGAACGUUACUCAAAAACGGGCUACAAAAUGAACACAUUUGCUUCCAAAAUAAGCCUUUUUUAGUACCAGCCACAUGUGACCAGCACCUUGGUGGUCCUAUCGAGAGAGAAAUGUGGCGCUAUUCGAAGUACUUCAAUUACGCUUACGGAAUGAAUCUGUUCGGUCGUGAUUGUGGCUUCGGAGAGCCAGCUGUAGCUGUACGGUUUAAUGCACACAAGCCGUGGAUUGAGUCUGUAUUGCUACCGGAAAUUGCUAACCACAGAAAAUCCUCCACUACCGGAUCGAAGGACGAGGUGAUCUUCAUCGAUCCCGACCUUCGUUUGAACGAUCGUUGUAGCUACAGUGGAGGCGUGCAGGGUGUUUGUGUAGCCCAUGAUAGAUGUCCCAGUAUACGGCAGCGAAUGUCAAACGGCGAUUCUAUAAUUAUAUGCUCCGGUGGUUCCGUGGUAUGUUGUCCUCGUACAGAUGUAACAAGUAAUCCGAGUGAGAUUGAGAGAGAAUUUAACGAGUGCGGACAGCGGUACGCACAGCUACGCAAACAGCGCCAGCAACAAUGGGAGGGUUUUCAACCAUUGAGAUUGAGAUUGCCUCAUUUUGCUGAGGUAGGAUGGGAAGAGGGAUCGGAAAUACGGUUUCAGUGCAUUGCAUAUCUCAUCAGUACUCGUGCUGUCGUAACAUCUGCGUCCUGUUUGCUUUCGAAAGAAUUCGAACCAACCGUUGUGCGCCUGGGAAAUAUCCGAUCUGGACCGCAGACCACGAAUAUAGCGAUCAUACCUAUCGGCACAGUGGAAAUUCAUCCGGAGUUCAAUCAAACUACGUUUGAGAAUAAUAUUGCCUUAUUAAAGCUUACUUUGCCAGUGCAGCCUACAGUGUACAUGUUCCCGGGAUGUUUAUGGCAAAAUAAAACUUAUUCUCCGGUCGAGUCGGCAAUAUUUCGAGGUGGAAAUGGUUUCGACCCCAUACAUCCAAUGUACGUGAGGGAUUGUAAUGUACGCUUUGCCAGAACAUUCUCGGAUCCGCGGAUUACGUGUAUGGUUCCGGGCGUUUACGGAACAGGAGAACACUGUUACCCAACGGGAAGUCCAAUUAUUUUCAGACAGAAUGAGGACAACAAUCUCUUUACUGAGUAUCUGGUGAACAUAUAUAGCCAUGGACGUUGCAAUUCAACCUCUCUGCGCAUUGUACACCGCAUUGCGAUGUACAUUGAUUGGUUUAAGGAAGUUCUGAAGUAAGAGUCAAAUCAUGACUAAAUUAAUAAACUGCGCUGAUACAUGAAAACUACUAAGUGCUGAUUAUUAUUAAAUCUAAUUCAUAGAUUAAUUAUGAAAACUGAAUAAGAGAUUUAAUACAAAGCUUUUUACUUAAAACAAUUUUCCGAGCUCCGAGACAGUUUCUUUCAUUAGAACUAAUCAUAUCAUCUUUUGUAACUCAUGAUUUCAUUAUUUUCAAUUGCAUAGGAUGAUUCCAACAACCUUUCAACAUUAUGAAUCAGCGUUAGCAAGAAAAAAAGAUGAAAAAGUGGAAUAAAAGACAGGAAA